CCGAGUUCCCACUGAAGCCCACGAGUCCCGGAGCGAUUGAACCAUGAGUUACACUGGAUUAUUUAUUUCACUGCUUUCGUUUGUUUAUACAUGGGAGAGUCUUGAGGCAGCGAGUCCAGCUUUGCCUCAUGUGAUGCGCUAUGAUGUGAUCCGACUCCGACCUCAGGCACUGAACGAGCGAGCGAAGAGGAGCGCCCCUUCUCUGAAGACAUAUCCUGAACAACUUGAAUAUGAUUUGGCUGUAGAUGGGAGGGACUUCACAAUUUCUUUGCACAAAAAUAGGGAGCUUUUAGGAAAAGAUUACACCCUCUCACAUUAUACCGAGGAUGGGAUUUCAGAGACAAAGUCUUCAGACAGUAUUGGUCACUGCUACUAUCAGGGACACGUCCAUGAUUUUGAAGACUCUUCAGUCAGUGUUGGACUUUGCUCUGGAAUGGAAGGGUUUCUGAGGGUCAAAAAUCAAGUUUACUUGAUUGAGCCCCUAGAAGAGUCUUUGGAUGGUGACCAUGCUAUUUAUAAGCAAGAGCAUUUAAGGACCAAGCAAGGGGCCUUUGGAUACAUCAAUGACACAGUCUAUAACCUUGCUCCAAAGUCUAGUGGGCUGUAUAAAGGCACAAAUAUGAAAAACAAGGCCCCCAGAGACGGACAGCGGAUUGUUGAGAUGGUUUUGGUCGUUGAUCAUAUGGAGUACAACAAGUUUGGAAGUUUUAAAAAGAUUGAAGAAAGAAUGAUGUUGGUCGCAAAUCACGUAGACAAGCUUUACCGGCCAUUAAACAUACGUGUCAGGUUGGUUGGACUCGAGAUUUGGUCUCAAAGAGACAUGAUUGAUGUCCACAGUAUGCCAAAUCUCACUCUGGAACGAUUUUUACGAUGGCGUCAGGAUAGCCUGCUCAAGAGGAAGAAACAUGACAAUGCCCAUUUUAUCACUGCUGUAGAUUUUGAAGGAUCUACAGUUGGGUUGGCUACAAUGUACGCUAUGUGCUCUCCAUCCUCUGGUGCUGUGAAUGAGGACCAUAAUAAAAAUCCCAUUGCAGUGGCUUCUACCAUUGCCCAUGAAAUGGGACAUAAUCUGGGCAUGUCACAUGAUAAUCCAAACUGUGGAUGCUCCUCUGACAAGGGCUGUGUUAUGUCAGACACCAUUGGGUAUGUUUACCCUGAUUCCUUCAGUACUUGCAGUCAAUCAUCCUUAAAAGCGUUUUUGCAGAGAUAUGACACCAGCUGUUUACUAGACAUGCCAAAUGAGGCUGAACUAUAUGGAGGCCCAGUUUGUGGAAACGCUUUUGUUGAAAAAGACGAGGAGUGUGACUGCGGAACUGUUGAGGAAUGUAACAAUGCCUGCUGCAAUGCCACCACCUGUCGACUUACAGAAGGUGCCCAUUGUGCACAUGGAGAGUGCUGCCACAAUUGCCAGCUGAAACAGCCCAAUAGCCUGUGCAGAAAGAGUGCUCAUGACUGUGAUUUGGACGAGUACUGUACAGGAUUGUCAGCCUUCUGUCCGGAAGAUGAAUAUAAGAUGAAUGGACUCCCUUGCAAUUAUAAUCAGGGCUACUGUUAUAAUGGACAAUGUCCAACACAUAAGGAACACUGCAAGUUGCUGUGGGGAUCAGAUGCUGAAGUGGAUGCUGACACUUGCUUUCAUUAUAAUGUUAUUUACAAAACCUCCAAGAGUGCUGAGCACAUGAUGUGUGGAAAAAUAUUCUGUCAUGGUGGGAAUGAAUUCCCCAUAACCAAUAGAAAAUCAUUAGUAAAUAUUCAAUCAAGAACCUGCUAUAUGGCUGUAGAUACCUCGCCCACAGAUGACUUAGGGAUGGUUCCAGCAGGCACCAAAUGUGGCAAUAAUAAGGUGUGUUACAACAACCUUUGUCAAGACAUUAGCAUAUACAGCUCUGAGAACUGCUCGGAUAAAUGCAACAAUCGUGGGGUGUGUAACCACGAGAGGAAAUGUCACUGUGAUCCAGGAUGGGCACCACCCUAUUGUGAUGUCCAAUUCUCAGAACUUCAAAAAAUGAGAAAAGAAUCUGUGAUAAUUGGUGUGACUGUGUCUGUAGUCGUUCUUGGAUUGAUCAUUAUUAUUGGUGCACUGGUCUUUCACAAGAACAAAAUAACAGAAUUUAGAAAGAAAAGGUCUUUGAAAGACAUCCACACUUCCUCAGGCCAGUGUAACCCUGCAUUCCAACCAGGAAGUGCAAAGAACAGCCCCAGAUGCACACAACCACGCAUAAGUCAACCAACUUUCCUGGAGUCAUCCACUGCUCUGGCCUGCAAACCUCUCUAUUCUCCAGCUACGCCCUCUAGACAAGCACCAUUGCCUCCAAAGACUGCACCACAAACUAGGACAGAACAGUUUCAGAAACCUUCCAUCCCACCUCCUGGUAUUUCCAGAAACAUUCAUCCUGUUCAGGUAAAACCGCUACCUCCACCAACGAAACCUCUUCCUCCAUCAAGACCAUUACCACCACUGGCAUAUAAACCUGAGUCAAAAGCACCUCCAGUGCCUCCUGUGAAACCCACUGGGAUGCAGCCAGCAUUCAGUCCACCUCAGGUUAUCCAGAAAGUUGCACUGAAACCUCCUGUCAGGCCCAGAUGAUCUGGAACAAUAUGACUUUCUCCGAAUCAUUGGGAGCUUCAUAAGGACCUUGAUAUACAAAACAUGGACCGCAGUUUAUGAGCUGAAUGAAGCUUGAUGUUUUUUGUAAAAUCUCUCUGAAUAAUAAAAUGAAGUUAGGGAAAUGGUAAAAUGGAAUGAAAAAUGUGUACUGUCGAAAUCGCUUUACACUGUUGGUACGGCUUAUUUGUAAUCUCUUUUAUUGUAUUUUGGCUUUCUUUUUCUUUCUAUUUAAAAAAAAUUAUUUGCCACCGUUUACAGUCAGUUAAGAUUGUGUCUCUAUGCAAGUCUACAGAGUUUCUCCUUCAUAUUGCUGCCUAAGGGUCUCUGAAAUAGAACAUGUUUUUUUCCCAGUGCAUUAUGGUGCAUUCAGUCCUGUUUCUGGAGCUGUUCUGUGUUUGCAAUUUUAUAUCUUGUAAUUGGGACUUUAUUAUUUCAUUAUUUUGUGUAGAAUUUCUUGUUAUUUACUUUA